AUUUAUCAGGGAAUAUGUCAUGAUCACCAGAAGUGCACUCCUUUCAAUACCGUGUAAUCAUAUUAACGGAAUAUGAAUUCCUUUUUACUCCAUGAACUUAAUGUUAAAUUCAACUAAAACACUAGUGAUUGGGUUGUCUGCUGGUAUAGUUACUGUUUUGGGCAGCUAUUUGAUCAAAAAAUGGUUGAACAACGAAGAGACAAGCACUAUCAAUGAUCCUCAGAAACCAAACAAGAAAAAGAAGCCAGAUAAGAAGACUUCUGUACCAGCAGUGGAUUAUUCCAAGCUAGCACCAGCCAUCAGUACUCGAAACCCUCAGCUGGGAGUCUUACUUAAGUUUAUCAACGAAAAGAGCGCUUUUAAAGAAGAACAGGAGCAUCUCAAGAAGUCUGGGUGCCUGCUAAAUGUAAUCACUGUAUUGUGGCAAACGAGCAAUCCUGACAUCAAGAUCGUUUGUUACAAAAUCGUUACAAACAUAUCAACUAAUCCUGAUAUGCUUCAAGAGUUUGUUAAGCCUGUAAUACCACUUCUGUGUGAAGCGCUUGCGCAGGAGCAGGAAGAUGUUGAAAUACUGCGAAAUAUUCUAAACCUCCUGGUGAACAUCACCUCUCACCAGGACAUCAUCAUUUCUGAAUACAACCUCAGAGCUAUUCCUCAGAUACUGUCACUCUAUACACCUCAAAUCAAUUAUCAAUACGACAUAGUGUUAAGUUGCCUGAAGAUACUCAUCAACAUGACCUGCUCUGAUAUGGUGUUUGAUUUAACUCUUGUGUACAUGACGAGUAUACAUUUGCUACACGGUUGUAAAAACAAUGCUAUUAUUCUCCGUGUUCUAACACUUUUGAGAAAUAUCCUUAAGUCUGGAACUCUGAAACACGACUGUAAAUUUGACGACGAACUAAUGCGAGGUAUUGGCACGGUUUUAUCCAGUAGUGAAGAUAACGAUAACCUCGAAAUUGCUAAUCAGAUAUAUCGCCUAAUAUCCGAUCACUGAUAGUUUUUAGCUCACUCAAUAAGAUCACUUAUCAUUCAAGUUCAAGAGGGGUUGCUUCAAAUUUUUAAAUAUUUCUAGGGGUGCAUCCUAUUUUAUGGGGGUUCAGGGCGGGGGUUGCACCCCAAUUAUUGUAAAGUAAGCAACAUAGAUAAAUUUUAAGGAUGUUACACUAAUUUGGGCAUGCGUGUUUAUUUAUACAUUUUAUUUUGUGCCCGUUUUUUAUUUUUAUUGUCGAGUUUCAGUGUGUAUUAUGAAUUUUUAUAGUCAGGGUGGAUAGACAAUAUCUGAUUAUUUUUAUUAUUAUAGUGUGAAAUGGGAAAAGGCAAAAUCUAUAUUUAGAUUUUUUAUUACACUUAAAUCAAUGAUCAUUAAUAUCUAGUGUUGAUAAUUUUACCUGAUUUUAAAUUUUAUACAAAUUUUUUCAUCUGAUCUUAUCUGUUUUUUACUCGGUUUAUUACCUUUGCAUCGUUGCAUCGUUUCAUAAAAUUAAUAGCCUGGUGUCCCAUUUUUAGCCUCCGUUUUGGGCGGC